UGUUGUUUGUUGUUGUCUUCGGCGUCGAUCGACGACGUGUGACAACGUGCGAAAUCGCCGGCGGUCUUGACGCGAUAAUUUCGCGGAGAUAUUUGCGGAUAUUCACCGAAAACCGGAGUAGAUCGAUUUGGCGCGCGAUCAUGUCGAAGAUAGCGGCCUACGACACGCACGACGACGGCCCGGGAUUCGUGGGCAUCAGAUUUUGCCAGGAGUGCAAUAACAUGUUGUACCCGAAGGAGGAUAAGGAGAACAAGGUGCUCAUGUACGCGUGCAGAAAUUGCGACUUCAAGCAACUGGCGGACAGCAACUGCAUCUACGUGAACAAGAUCAUGCACGAAAUCGACGAGCUAACGCACAUCGUCGCCGAUGUGAUAUCGGAUCCUACGCUGCCGAGGACCGAGGAACACCCAUGCCCGAAGUGCAAUCACAGAGAAGCUGUAUUUUUCCAGGCGCAAACUAGACGGGCUGAGGAAGAAAUGAGAUUGUAUUACGUGUGUACGAAUCAGCACUGCACCCACAGGUGGACGGAGUGAACGAACGUCCGGUGCACCUAUGUCCCGCUCGCUAUUUGUAACUUAAUUCUAAUCUUGUAAACUGUGUACAGAGUUGCGUGUGUGUAAGUAUGUGCUUGGAAGGGG